GGAACUACGAGCAAGAAGGUCAGAGUCCGAGACGCCAUGUGAUGACGAAAUAUGUCCCACUAGGAUGCAUGCUGCAGGCAACAGCACGUCCUUAGUAAGGGCGGCUGCGGAAGCCUUCAGCUGUUUAUAAAUCCUGUCUCGGUGACAUCAGCGGGCUGAAGGCUUGGCCGGGCGCCUGCUCGCCUCCUCCGGGAUAAAAGCAUGAGGUGCAGCCUGCGCUGCGUGGCCGUGGAGAGGAGCUUCACACAGCCGGCCCACUAGACUGCUGAUCUCCUGUCUGACAAACAACACAGCGAAGCCAAAGGAAGCCAGGGAGGCAGAGCGACAUAAAGCGCAUCUUCCUCGCGCUAUGUUGGGCAACAGAAAGAAAGCAGCCCCGGCGGUGAAGAAUGGAGCCGGGACGUCCGAGUCCAAGGCCAUCGAUCCCCUGAGGAAUCUGGGAGUGCACGAUGAUGAAGAUGUGAGGCAGAUGUUGCAGGGCUCCAGUAUGGUAAAGGUCCGCUCACCUCGCUGGCAGAAGCGACGAACUCUGAAGCUGUUGGAAGAUGGUGUCACUGUCUGGUGUCAGUCCCACAAAACCUCCAGCCGGGCCAAGGAACAACAAUCCUUCUCUGUCAUGGAAGUGGAGUGCAUUCGUGAGGGUUGCCAGUCAGAGACAUUGCGGCAGAUGGUCGGCUCAGUACCUGAGGGCCGGUGUUUGACGGUGGUCUUCAAAGGGCCCCGCAAGAGCCUAGAUCUCCUCUGCCAGAGCCAGGAGGAGGCUCAGCACUGGGCCCGUGGCAUCCGAACCCUGCAGGAGAGGGUGGAGAACAUGACCCAGAAGGAGAAACUUGAUCACUGGAUUCAUGCUUACCUGAGUCGGGCCGACCAGAACCAUGAUGAUAAGAUGAGCUAUGCCGAAGUCCAGACACUGCUGCAGAUGAUCAAUGUUGACCUGAGUGACCAGUAUGCCCGCAGCCUCUUCCAGAAAUGUGACCAGUCAGCCGAUGGUCGUCUGGACCACAGGGAGAUUGAAAUUUUCUGCAGGGAGUUGUUACGGAGACCUGAGCUGGAUGCUGUGUUUAUCCGCAACUCUGCAAAUGGCUGUGUACUUUCCACUGUGGACCUGAGGGAUUUCUUAAAGGACCAGGGGGAGGACGCUUCACUCAUCCAUGCCCAAAGCCUCAUACUCACUUAUGAACUUAAUGAGUGGGCCCAGAAGAAUCAGUUCAUGACCCCUAAUGGUUUCACCAUGUACAUGCUGUCUAAGGAGAACUGUGUGUUUAACCCGGAACAUGCUCGGAUUUACCAAGACAUGAAACACCCACUUACACACUACUUCAUCUCCUCCUCCCACAACACCUACCUCACUAAGGACCAGCUGACUGGGGACAGCAGCACAGAGCCAUACAUCCGAGCCCUGAAUCAUGGCUGCCGCUGUGUGGAGCUGGACUGUUGGGAUGGAGAUAAAGGAGAGCCAGUCAUCUACCAUGGACACACACUCACCUCCAAAGUGCCCUUUGUCGAAGUAAUUGAGACUAUCAAUGAAUAUGCUUUUAAAGCAUCACCUUACCCUCUGAUCCUGUCCCUGGAGAACCACUGCUCAGUGGAGCAGCAGACAGUAAUGGCUAGACACCUGCGAUCCAUCCUGGGAGACAAGGUGCUCACUAAGCCCCUCAAUGAUCUGGAUCCUCACAACAUGCCUUCUCCAGAGGAUCUUAAGGGUAAAAUCCUGGUGAAGGGGAAGAAGGAGCGUGUGGUGGAGGAGUGCUCAUCCAGCUCUUCAGACCUCAGCUCCUCAGACGAGGAGGCCAGCCACGCCGAAGGCAAACCCAGGAGAAAGAAAGAGGACAAGAAGCCAGGUGUGUCUAAGCUGAGUCCAGAGCUGUCAGAGCUGGUGGUGUACACCUGCAGUGUCCCCUUUAAAAGCUUUGAAGAAGCAGCUAAAAACCCAGCAACUGACAUGUCCUCUUUCUCUGAAAGUGAAGCGCUCAGGCACAUUAAGGACUCAGGGAUGCAUUUUGUGCGUCACAACAGCCACCAGCUUAGCAGGAUCUACCCCUCAGGCCAGCGUCUCCAGUCCUCCAACUACAACCCUCAGGAGAUGUGGAACGGGGGCUGUCAGAUUGUUGCUUUGAAUUUUCAGACACCUGGUGAGCAGAUGGACCUAAACCAAGGCAGGUUCCUGCAGAAUGGUCAGUGUGGGUACAUCCUAAAGCCUCCCUUCAUGUGUCAGCCUGACACCACGUUCAACCCAGAGAAUGUUGGUGGAGGUCCUGGCCACAGACCUGUCCUGCUCACUGUUCGGAUUAUUUCAGCUCAGCAGCUCCCUAAACCAGAAUGGGACUCGCCCAGCUCCAUUGUGGACCCUCAGGUGUGGGUGGAGAUACAUGGCGUUACCAUAGACAACAAUAAGAAGAAAACCCAUCAUGUCGACAACAAUGGUUUUAACCCGCGGUGGGACUGUACCUUUAACUUUACCGUCCAUGUUCCUGACCUGGCUCUGGUUCGCUUCAUGGUGGAGGACCAUGACUAUACUUCAAGCAAUGACUUCCUGGGACAAUACACCCUGCCUUUCACGAGUCUCCGCACAGGUUAUCGUCAUGUCCGAUUGCUCAAGCUGGAUGGCUCCAGCCUUUCGCCGGCCUCACUCUUCAUCCAUGUUAAGGUCACCCCAUGUCAGAGCAGUCCCCUGAAAUCAUCAGCUAAAUCACCGGCCAAGUCUUUAGCCUAGAAACUCUAGUCCCAUCUCUACCCAAUAGCAACCUGAAGCAUGGAAGCCACCAUGGUAAGAUCUCAGGACAAAUCUGUCUGGAUCCAGGCAAUAAAUCAUCUGGGCCCUAAUUCAUAAAACCUAAUGGUUAUAACCUUGUCUCAACCUCAAAUGUUGCAGCUAUAUCCUCAAUCUGUCUAUAUUUUAUAGAACAAGAGGAUUUUAUUGUUGCAAAAAUGCAAACAGUGAAACUGACUACUUAAAAUUUAUGAAGAAGAAAAAAACACUGUUAUGCUUACAGACGAGUAUGUUAUCUUCCCAAGUGUGUGUAAACCAAAAAAAAAAAUAGAGAUACAAUCCGAGGUGAAUACCAUCAGCAACAAACCAAAUGUCAGUUUUGGCUGUGGUUGGUAGCAUUAACUGCACUCCCAGCCUCAUUCCCUCAACAAAAAGUCUACCAGUCACUCUGACUGGUGGAUACUUGAAGCCAGAACUGUCUCUUUAAUCCCUCAUUUAAUGGAGGGUUGAUUCUCAGAGCAGGACUCAAGAACUUAAUGACCAUUGAACCAGCCUGCAGAAGUCUGCAUCUACGAGACCAUGACCAUAAAGUUUGUGUCUACAUUUUGAACACAUAAGACUCCUAGCUAACCUCUCAAACUUGCUAAGUCUCAAGCCUUCUGCAGGAAGGACUUUUUUUCAUCACAAGUAUCUUAUUUUAGUGUCUAUUUUGUCUCAAUAGUCUAGAAAUGCCAUCUGGUAUGUGAUUCAAACAUUACUUGGGUAGCGUAGAAGUGAUCCCUUCCUAAUGCAACUCUACUGUAAAAGAUGGGGGACAAAAUCCACAGUCAUCAUUCUGUGCAAUUUUGCAAUCUCCAACAAUUUUUGUAACUUUUCUGAAACCAGCAAUCCAACAAGCAUGCCCACUUCACGCAGCAAUUGGCCAGGUGUGCGGAAGUGAGAAAGUUAGGAAAAUCUGAACUUCUCUCCGAAGCUCUCUUUUUUCGUUCUUCAGACAACUAUGUUAUAUAACUUUUUGUAUAAACAACUGUCUGAAACAGUACACCGUUAUCCCCAUUUGUGCAAUUAUUACACCUUACCCCUCUCAGUUCAAUUCAAUUCCGUUUUAUUUAUAUAGCGCCAAUUCAUAACAGAAGUUAUCUCAUUGCACUUUUCCUAUAGAGCAGGUCUAGACUGUACCCUUUAUAAUAUAUAAGUAAUAGUCAAAUGUUCAGCGGAGGAAGCUGAUUUAGGCUACAUUGAGUUAGUUCAGUUUCAGUCGUACUUCGGAUGGAAUUCUUUAAAAUACGGAUGCAUAACUCUGUCCUUUUGUCAACCCACCCCACUGUUACUCUCCCUGUCUGAAGUCUUUUGUAAUGCACAUGCAUACUUGUAAAAAUCUGAUUAGAAACCUGGUUACCUGGUUAAAUGGCAGAGAAAUGAUCGCUCUCCAGGAGAACUUUUUCUAGUCUCCUACCCCAAUUACAGUAACCAGGUUUCUAAUCUCCUACACCUAUUACAACAACCAGAUUUGUCAUUUACAUAGCAGUUGACAGUAACUAGUUUACUUGAGAAAGCUGACUGUAACCCUGUGACUUAAUUACAUGUAAACACAAAAAUUGCCAAUAGCAAAAUGAUAAUGCACUAGAUAAAUCAGCUGCCUUUUGUUAGCUUGUUAGAUGGGAUAUACAGUACAUGGAUAUGCUUCAUAGUGGCAAUGAGUUUUCUUUGACUUUGUCUUUGUUUACAUUGUGUUUAGAUGUGUACUGUGCAAGGAAAGUCACUCACUGAUGAUCCUGGCGACUGUGACAUAAAGGCUUUAUUAUUGUCAGUGUUUGAACAGAUUAUUAAACACAUUUCUUAGACAUAACUCUGUUAAGUCAUCUACUGUAGGUUAUCAUGCAAAAGAAAAUGUUUUAUACAGUUUUUAUUGAGGAGGGACAUUUGAUUUUAUACAUUUUUGUCAGAGUUGGUUUUAGAACAUUCAUAUUUUGUUGAUUUACACAUGAUACGAAGAACUGUGAAUAUUUCAUAAUAAGAUAAUCUUAUAGAAAAUCUUAAUAUAGAAAUUUUAAUCAGGACUGGGUGCUGUGCAGAUGAAGAGAUAGCCUACUUGAGAUCAGUAUUAGUCUUCAACCAUCUUAUAAAUGUAUGAAAUAAUCAAACAGCUUCGGAAUAUGUUUGGUAUCAUGACUGUUAAACAUGGAACUUUUUUUUUUUUCAGAUGAAUCAUUAUCUGCUUUGUCAAUUUAGCAAAACAUUGUAGAAUUGGUGUAAAAGUUUAAAUGUUUUGGAGCCAGUGCCAAUACUUAAUCUCAAACAAAUCCCAGCCCUGUUUCUGACAAUACUGCACUUACUCACAUGUAUCAGGAACUGUAAGUGUAAGAACUACAUAUAUGGUUACGAGACCAAAGUUGCGUUUUUUGAAAUGUAGCAAUAAGAAAACUGUACCUGUACAAUUCAAAGCAUAGACAUUGUUGUCGUUAAUUUAUUGUAUCUGAAGUAUACUGUUUGCUUUUGUGCUGUACCAGCUGUAUAGUAAUCAACCUGAUGCUAUUUAUUUAAACAGGUGAUGUAUACACAAUGGUAAAAUAGACAUGCAAUAAAACAUUCUGAAAAUUGUUGAAAAAAA